AUGAAGGCUUUUGGUUUGCAGAUUGGCAUCCAAUUAACACGCUUAAAAGAGUUUACGAGUGAUAAAAUCACUGAAAAGUCGAGGAACAGAAAUACACUGACACAGUUUUUUCUUGUGAGAAGCAGGAGCCAGCAGCAGGCGGUCACUAGAAAGCAAGAAUUAAAGUACGCUGGAGAAGAGGCCGCAUUCCAAACUGCACUAAAGAAAUCAUGUGAAGAUGUUAGGAAGAAAUAUCCAACGGCCGAAAUUAUGAGAGAAUUGGCGGUAUAUUUCAGUUUGUUGACAAAAAAUGGUGAUUUAUCGGAUGUUGUCUCGCAGCUAAGGUUUUUGGAUCGUGAGUUAAGUGAGCGUUCGUUUGAAUGGAUUCUCGCUGUAUCUGCUUUAAAAGCUACUAUUGAUCGUAUAUGUAAAACACUGUAUGGGUUUACUCUGUUCGCCUAA